CGCGGGCGUCGGCCGCACAGGCACGUACAUAGUCCUAGACGCUCAGCUGAACCAGUUAAAGCUAACUGGCACCCUAUCCCCUCUCGGCUUCCUCUGCCGCGCGCGAACGCAACGAAACCACCUCGUGCAAACCGAGGAACAAUACGUCUUCGUCCACGACGCUUUGUUAGAACACGUGCGUUCAGGAAACACAGAAGUCGAGUUCCCCAAAGCGAGGGAAUAUCUAGUCAAACUCUUAGAGCCCAUAUCCGAGGAGGAACUGGCCGUUUUGGACCUCAAUUCUAACAAGAAACAGAGCAUGAACGAUCUGACGAACGGUGUUGAGAACGGCGAUACGUCAAGCAUCAAGUCUAAUCAAGCAGAGUGUAGCGAGCAGGAUGUCAUUGAGAAUGGGAGUCAGGUGUCGAGCAGGAUAGACUUGGAUGAGGAUCAGAGCAAGUCGGAGGGGUCUAUGGGGGAUGUGACGGAAGAGGGGGAGGGAGAGACGAAAGAGGUUCUCGUGAAUGGGGAGGAAACGGAGGGAGUGUACGAUUUGGCGCCGCGGUCCACGGAUACUUAUAGUAAGAAGAUGAUGGCGUAUAAUAACAUGAAUGAAGAGGAGAAAGAGGAAAUUAGGAGGGUGAAUCGCGCCGAAAACUACGCACUUCUAGAGCGCAUGCGCUCGCUCGCAAACAGACAUCACACGUAUCAGGGCCCUCCGCCCGUCAACCUGUUGGAGAAACAAUUCCUGCUAAUAACGAGAUCGUGCGUGGAGCCGAGUGUUUGCGCGCGCGCAGCGCACAACGCAAGCAAAAACAGACCUUCUGGAGUAUUGCCCUCUGACGCCGCUAGAGUCAUGCUUGUGCCCAAACCGGGAGUCGAAG